AAAAAGAAAUUAAUAAUAGUAAUUAGUAAUCAUUGUUUGACAUUAGAAAAAAUUGCGAAAAAGUUUUUAUGUUUUCCUAGCAGUUAAUUAUUAAAUUUUCUGUUAAACCAGUUCGAAAACUAAAUCCUUCAGAAUAUCCCCAAACUCUCAGAAAUAAAAAAUUGUGGGGAUUUUCUGGCAGUAGAUUUGCAACAACUCUUAAAAUCCUCUAGAAAAUUGUAAUAAAUUUGCAUUUGCAAACAUCACAUAUUCACAUAUUCACAUAUUUCCAAAAAUUUUGGUUUUGCUUAUUGGACAUAGUGGAGAAAGAAGUCCUAACGUAAAAAUAAAACAACCAAAAUUUAUAAUUAAAUUUUGAAUAAAAGUGUGAAGUUUUAUUUAAAAAAUAAUUAUCAAAAGCGGUGUAUAUGUAAUUAAAUAUUUCUGUUGUCAUUGGUUCAAAAGAAGAAAGUGUACAUUUGUCGAAUAGUCUAAUAACGGUGGGAGAAGGAAAAACUGCAUAAAAAAAAGAAUGUGGGACUCCUCGGUGUUCCUAAGCACACUAACGCCGAAGUUUUAUGUGGCUUUGACCGGAACAUCGAGUCUUAUUUCCGGAUUAAUUUUAAUUUUCGAGUGGUGGUAUUUUCGUAAAUAUGGCACAUCUUUUAUAGAACAAGUCUCUAUAAACCACAUUAGUCCAUGGAUAAAUGGUAGCGAUGCACAGGCUGACGCAAAUGGGAAUGGAAAUAAUGGUAGUACAAAUGGAACAGCAGGAAGUUCUAAUAAUCAGACGGCUGGUUCAAGCCAGCAAAUGCCAGAGUGCAAAGUCUGGCGAAAUCCCUUGAACUUAUACCGAGGAGCAGAAUAUCAACGCUUUUUUUGGGCAACUAACAAAGAGCCUCUAACUUAUUAUGACAUGAAUCUGAGCGCACAAGACCAUCAAACAUUCUUUACAUGCGAAGGAGAUGCGAGAAAAGAAGAAUAUGAAAUAAUGCAAACAGCUUGGCGAGAACGUAACCCAGUUCAACGGAUAAAAGCCGCUCAUAAUGCGCUUGAAAUUAAUCCAGAAUGCGCGCCCGCUUACAUACUUUUAGCUGAAGAAGAAGCCACAACUAUUUUGGAAGCGGAAAAGAUAUUAAAAACAGCCCUUAAGGUUGCAGAAAUAAAUUACCGAAGAUCACAGGCUACACAGCAUCAAGGUCCUAUAGCCGAAGCUGCACAUCGCCGUGAUACAAAUGUACUAAUCUAUAUUAAACGACGAAUGGCGAUGUGCGCACGGAAGCUAGGAAAAUUAAAAGAGGCCGCCAAAAUAUUUCGUGAUCUCAGCAAAGAAAUUCCAUCUAUCAUGAAUGUACUAAACGUGCAUGAAAAUCUCAUAGAGACGCUGCUUGAGAUGCAAGCAUAUGCCGACUGUCAGGCAGUUUUGGCCAAAUAUGAUGAUAUUUCUUUACCUAAAUCGGCGACCAUUUGCUACACGGCAGCGUUAUUAAAAGCUCGUUCGGUGGCAGAUAAAUUCUCGCCCGAUAUAGCGUCAAAGCGCGGUCUUAAUACCAUUGAAAUGAGCGCCGUCGAAGCAAUUCAUCGAGCUGUUGAAUUUAAUCCGCAUGUACCGAAAUAUUUAUUGGAAACAAAACCACUUAUUUUACCACCAGAACACAUAUUAAAACGUGGCGACUCAGAGGCGCUUGCUUAUUCUUUUUUCCAUUUAAAACAUUGGAAAAAUGUGGAAGGAGCAAUCAAUUUACUUCAUUGCACAUGGGAAGGUACAUUUCGUAUGUUGCCAUAUCCGUUAGAGCGGGGACAUCUAUUCUAUCCAUAUCCGACAUGUACAGAAUGUGCUGAUCGCGAAUUACUGCCAGCCUUUCACGAGGUGUCAGUUUAUCCCAAAAAGGAAUUGCCAUUCUUUAUUUUAUUUACAGCAGGACUUUGUUCUUUCACAGCACUUUUAGCUUUGCUUACACAUCAGUAUCCGGAGCCGAUGGGAGCGCUUGCACAAAAUGUUCUUCUUUAUAUCUCCUAUCCAUUUCAAAUAUUAAAAGAGCGCAUUGAAGCUUUAUGGCCAUGUAACUUUCUUCAUCAGCUGACUCGAGUUUAAAAUCUAUGUUUAUAAAAUAAUAACGUAAUUUAAUAUUUUAAGACACAUUAACAAGUUGGUGAGUGCAUCAAAAUGUCGGACCCACACUUAACUUGAGAUUUUUUUUAAGAUUGCACGAUACUAAUUUAAGUUUUUUUAUUGUAUAAUUUGAAAAUUUUGAUUUUAUUUAUUCAAAUAUUAUUUACUAUUUGGUUGUUUAAAGCAACUACUAAUAUAAAUGUCUUAAAUUCAGAGAAUGAAUUAGCAAUCUCAAGUCAAUAUAAAGUUAUUAAAAGCAAA